AUGGCCACCUCAGGCCUCCGUCUUCUCUCUCUGUUCCUCGUCAUCGCUGUUCUCGCCACCACCCCCUCAGCCCAGCCCCCCUCUCCUUCACCGCCUCCUGUAACCCCCACCUCUCCUCCUACUCCGCCUCCGCCUUCCUCUCCUCCACCGCCUCCUGUAACCCCCACCUCUCCUCCUACUCCGCCUCCGCCUUCCUCUCCUCCACCGCCUCGUGUAACCCCCACCUCUCCUCCUACUUCGCCUCCGCCUUCCUCUCCUCCACCGCCUCGUGUAACCCCCACCUCUCCUCCUACUUCGCCUCCGCCUUCCUCUCCUCCACCGCCUCGUGUAACCCCCACCUCUCCUCCUACUUCGCCUCCACCCUCCUCUCCUGCGGCGCCGCCGCCUGCGACUCCGCCGCCGCCGCCGCCGCCGCCUGCGACUCCGCCGCCGCCGCCACUCAACAACUCCCCCUCCGUCUCCACCGUCUCCUGGGCCCACGUUGCCGGAGCUGCUCUCCUCGGCGCUGUCGCCGUCGCCGUCGCCUACCCUCUCUAG